CGUCGGCCUCCAGACAUUCUCCUGCUGUGUCCUUAACCACUUAUGACCCAAGCAAGCUGCCAGUCUCAACAUCUAACCUACCAUUUUGUUUCUCACAGGCGUAUAUUUAGAUAAGUAGUCAACCGCUUCUGUCUCCUGGCUAGGAAGGUACCCGAUCGCUUCUUUGUGAAAGGCACUCUCCGAGAAGCAUCUCUCACUCGCUACUUCGAGUCAUUACAUGGUUAGACACCUGCCAUUGCCUCUAGUUCGUCAUGGUUGUCGACGUAAUCCAACCACACUGCGCUGUCUCCCCUGUUCCAAAGUAACUCCUUGGUCACCACUACCCACCACCCCCUUGUCUACUGUUGCCUAGGUGGCUAGCUAUCAAGUGCCCCAGCUAUUAGGCAUCCGACCUAAGGUCGUCGUCGUCCACGACCGAGAGCCUCAGCCUAGAUUUCCUUGGUCGCCCGGUCCAUCAAUCUUUCCUCCAAGCUUCUCUCGCUAUUCUCAUUCUCUUGACCUCAACCCACGCAUUUCAUGACGCCGUCGAAAAAAUGGAGACGUUCUCUUCGACUUCGAUUAAGCUUACUCGGGAGGCGUUGAUGCUCUCAGAACUCCAUAUUGCGACUCUCAAUGGCGACCUUCAACAUGUGAGAGAGCUCCUGAAGAGCACCUCCACGUCACCUGGCGGUACAAGAAAAGUUAUCGAAGCGCGCGACCGACAUGGGACAACACCACUCAUGGCAGCCGUUCUCUAUGGUCGUCUCGCUAUUGCGAAGCUCCUGUUGAGAUAUGGCGCUUCGAGGAAAGCACAAGACCUUCAAGGCCGUGUCACCUGGGAGUACUCGCGCGCUUCAUUGUUUGACCGAAAGCCAAAGAUGUACCAACACCUGGGCUUUCCCCCAAUCUCCCGAAGUCUGCAACGUGAGAGAAGGAGAAUUGCCAUAAUUCUGAAAUAUCCCGCCGCUUUGCGAUCUUGUCGUCGAAUUGGCAAUCACCACUACUCGCGCAGCCGACUGCACAAGCGUGCCAAGGACCUGGUCAUUCUCAAGCCUGUAGGUGGCUUCGAGACAUUCAAGCCAGGCAAAGAGGGCAAUGAGCUUCUUAGUGCAACCGCGGGAUUCAUAGCCUCUGCUACCACUUCUCCCAAAGAUGUGAAGGUUGAGCAGUUUGCAGUCAGCGGCUGGAAGCCAAAUCCAGGCCGUGGUCCUCGGGUUCUUGAUAACGUUGUCUUGACAGAACGGGUUAGGGAUGUUAUUCACCUCCAUGGCCUCAAGGUUCGUGCGUCCCAGCGGGACAACGGCAACCAGACUGCUUUGCCCGAGCAUAAGGGUCGAUUUGCGGCAUGCCAUGUUGAGAAAAAGCUCGCCGUCUGGUGGGUAAUGAAGGCCCUAAAGGAAGUCUUCAACACGUCAGAUAUUGAGCGCCUGAGGGAGCUGCGAGGGGCAGAUGUCCCCAACUACUACCGGGAGGCUAUGCUCUUUCUUGACCACGGGCCGUGCCAAGAUUGCUGGGACUUUUUGCACCAGGUGAAGCGGAUCACCGGGAUCCUAAUAUGUGUCGAGUCGAUAUCAUUUUGCGUCACGGGCAAUCGGGCAUCUGGACCACAGGGGUGUCCAAACUGUACAUGCCAGAAAUGUACCAGCCAAAAGAAAGCACAGAUGAGUCGCCCAUCCUCCGACUCGGCAAUCCAACAAGACGACGAAGACAGCGAUGAAUCAGACAAAGAGACUCGGCCAUCAGAGGAUGACAUGCAACUGCCGCUCAUUCAAUUCGAGACAGAGCUAAAGGGGACUGAAGACAAAGGUGUUCGCCCACCUCAUUCUCGUAGCAAUGGUGGGAUUUACAAUGGGACUGCAGCCCCUGAUACUUGGACUGUGUUCCCAUCCACAGAUCUUAGACCAGUGGCAAAGCCACUGAACAGAAUCCAGAAGAACAUCGAGGCCUCUUCUAGACCUAUCUGUGAUGCAGCUGAUCCUAGUAAUGGAGCAGUCCUUACCUUCUCGCUUCCACACCGACCUGCUUUCAAAAGCCCUGUGUCAUCUCCUGGCUCUGAAGUCUCUGGCCGCACGCAGAGGGUUGACCCCGUGUCAACUAUGGGCGGGCAUUCAGCCUACUUUGAAGAUGACGGGCAUGAGCCCAAUAUAGAGUCUCCUGUCGCCCAUACAAGCCCACCCCAAGCCUCUCGACAGCCACUGCUUCACCCAAUUUACCGUUCCCAAAUCUCCCUCAAUCUUGAGCGGUUUACAUAUGCUGGAGCCGCUACUUCAGAGGCGCCGGGAUCCUUGCUUUCCGCACGGUUGAAGAAGGGCCGCGUUGGCACCAUCAAGGACAACGACGUUGACGUCGUGGACGGAACCAACGACAAUGGAAGUAAGCCUGACGUCCGCACGACCCGUGGCAAGCCCAAGACGUCUAUAGGUCGAAGGGGGAAAUCCAACCCUAGAAAUAGAAGGGAAGUUCGGCGGGAAUCGAGCUUCAGGUCUAGGAGCACAUUCGCAAGAGCAGUUGCUUCUCGGUUUGACUGACUGUUUUGCUUUGUCUUGUUUGUGUGUUUUUUUCCAUUUUCCUUUGCUUCGUUGUGUACUCUACCUUUUGUCGAGACUAUUACGGCAAGUUGGUGGGCUUUUUGCGCCGGUGCUCAGCGAUGGGCUUUUUUGCCGUAAACUCCAAUCCCACGAUUCCAAUGUAAUUUACUGUUGUUGUUUGCAGUCCAUAAAAGGAGGGCCAGGAACAGGAAGUCAGAAG